ACCCGUUCACAUGACAACCUUUUGAAGCAGUUUUCAAAAGUUUCAAUUACUAUGCAUUUUUGAUUUUGAAGUUUUUUGAGCAGCUACUUGUCUUAUCGUUGUCUGUUAUCGACUGCCUUUGUUAUCAAUUGUAGGCGCAUUUCAUAUUAUUGGCUCAUUUUUAUAAUGUUGUUCUUUACUUCAGAUUUUUUCAUACGUUUCUCAAACUAUCACAAAACACACAAUCAAGCUAGACGACAGCCGCAGUUUCAUUCAUCGGGUUAGGGUGCAUGUUUUACUUUCGUUAAACUUGCGGGCUAAAAAUCUGUCCAUUUGUUGUCCCUAAUAUAAUAACAUACCGGUUCCACUUUAUUUUGACUGAAUUUUAACAUUUACCGAACGUAAUCUCAUUUCGUUGGUAAGAUAAAAUUAUGGAAGGUCUGCCGUUUUUGCCAGGAAAUGCCUUUAAAGACCCUACGCAAACCAAUUUUCACCUAUCUCACACUCUGGAUAUGAAAAAUGGUUUACGAUAUGCGAAAGCCUACCCAGAAGUUGGGAUUGGUGGUCGUCCUUUGAAAGUCAACCAGCUAAACGAGGAAGAAUUAGACGAAUUAGCAAAUUUUCAGCCGACUUUAACUUAUGGAAGGACGAAACAGUCGCUUGUUUCUGAAUUUAUUCCUGCCCACGUCGCGUUGUAUAAUAAGGUCCUUCGAUUCUAUGGAUAUUUCAAAGAAACAGUUAACGAAUCACAAGUUGAGCACUACAGAGUCCGGCUGGUUCAGAUAUUGUAUUUCCUAGAGGACGACAGCAUGUUGGUGAUGGAACCCCCACAAAACAAUAGUGGUAUACCUCAAGGAAAAUUAGUUUGUAGACAUAGAAUUCCAAAGAAUGAUAUCGGGGAUUGUUACAAUUGGCGUGAUCUGAAUCUUGGUACAAAUCUGGCUAUAUAUGGUCGAGUUUAUCGCAUUACAAACUGUGACAAGUUUACAAAGGACUUUUUAGAGAGCGAAGGAGUUAUUGUGAAUGAGCCUGAACAGGAACCAAUAGAUCCAUAUUUGGCUGAGAGAGCUAAACGUGAAGCUAUAGCUCUUGGCAAAACACCUUCAUCCUUUGAUAAACGACGUCAGUAUCUCGAACUUGAUCGUAAGGUUUUACGAUUUUACGCCGUACAGGAUGAACGACACGAAAUGUUUGGUGAAUGUCGUAAAUUUAUUAUACAUUAUUAUUUAGCUGAUGACACUUUGGAAAUACGUGAAAUUCAUACAGCGAAUGAUGGUCGUGAUCCAUUCCCCUUAUUAUUGAGACGUGAAAGAAUACCAAAAUGUCGUGAUACUAUCCCUCAAUCAUUUCCAAGUGUCAGUAUGGAAAUAACUGAAAAUGAAGUGGAAGAAUAUUUCUCACCGAAAGAUUUUCAUAUUGGUCAAUCAGUUAAUAUUCUUGGUCGGAAAUAUUUAAUAUAUGAUUGUGAUAAUUUUACAAAAGCAUGGUAUCAUAAUAAUUUUGGAUUAACAGAAUUUACUCCAUUAGAUAUAGAAAUUAAACAACCGGAAUUACCGAAAAAGGAAAUUCCACCAUAUAAUGGCUUUGGAACAAUUGAAGAUAGUUUAGUAUCUACAAAAUCAUUCAUUUUAAAACCUCCAAAAGUUGAUUUCGCAAAACAGGUGGAUUAUGCACAAAAAGUGUUGAGAUAUGAAGCUCGUUUAGAUAGUUUUCGACCUGAAGAUGCAUAUCGACGAUUUAUCAUAUCGUAUCAUCUGGCUGAUGAUAUGAUAUCAAUUUUUGAAACUCCGAUAAGAAACUCUGGUUUCCCUGGUGGGACAUUUCUCAAAAGAUCAAGAGUUAUGAAACCUGGAAGUACAUUAGAUAAUCCAAUUUAUUAUGGUCCUAUAGAUUUUUCAAUUAAUUCAAAAAUUGAUAUAUUUGGUACACGUUUCAUUAUAACCGAUGCUGAUGAAUAUGUUCUUAAAUUUCUUGAAGCUAAUCGUGAUCAAUUUUCUGAUGAAUUAAUUAAUGGUUUACAUGAACAUUUAAAUAAUAAAGAAAAUCAAACAACAAUUAAACAACAGUUUCAUCAUAAAGGAGGUAAUGUUGACUUUAAACGAGAAGAUGGUGAUAUUAACGAUAUUAUGAAUGAAGUUAGAAUGCAACUAAAGAAAAUGUCAAUAACAGAUAAAUGUAGAAUUGAUGAUAUGUUUCUUACAUAUAAUAAAGACAGACGUGGUUGUAUUGAUAUUGAAAAUUUGAAAGACAUGUGUAAGAAAAUCCACAUUCCGCCAGAUGAGGAUGUACUCAAGGCGUUACUUGAUAAGUAUGGUACUGAAGGAAAAAUGUCACUAGAACAAUUUGGAAGAUUUUUUGAACAACCAUAAUUAUAAUGAACCAUGAAUAGUACUUAUAAUGAAAUAAACUUUUUGCACUUGUUUAUCUGUAGUAGAAGAGUUGAAUGAGAUAUAACUAACUUCUAAUUUGUCUUUAAGAUAGUUGAGUUCAUCCAGCAAAACAAAUUUAAUAUACAUAACCAUAUAUGUAUGCCAUUUUUUGUACAAGUCAGUUUAUUAUUACAUCAUUUGCAAUCGAUGAAAUGCUUCAUAAUGCAGAUUAAAUUACCUCAACUCUUGAAACAUAUUGGACAAAAUAUUUAUAGUGUGUGCACAAUUAAUAGAAAUCCAUAUUAUGAUGAUUGAAGAAAUAAAGAAUUAUAAUGCAUGUCCAUGAAACACUGAAUCGUUGAUAUGUGAAAACAAAAUAUUCUAAGCUACUGAGUUAAUGAUGGCAGUUCAGAGUUAAUUUGCUAACAUAAUGUUAACAUUAAGCUAUUUGAUUAAAUAUUGUAAUUUAAAAUAUUCAUCAUCAGAUGUUAGUAAAGAGCUUCACUUGUAUCAGUCAUAAGUAACACAUUUGUCUAUGACAAGAAUAAAGUGUCUAAAAAAAUUUAAUUUAGGAUUAUAAACUACUGCAGAUAUUGUUAAAGCUAAGUGAUUUUAAUAUCAGAUCAGGAAACAAUAUAUAAGUUGAAUAUUUAGAAAUACCAACAAUUGAGUUCUACUUCAGAAAAAUACAAAGCGACAGCAAAAUAGCAUUAAUUAUUUGAAAAGUAAUUUAGGAAGUUCAGCAUUUUCUGAAAAAUCUUCUACAACUUUAUGUAAAAAGUGUAAAUUUUAGUGGCCCUGUUAAAUUGUAUGCUGAUUGUUGUCGAAAUACAUAUGCCGCCAACCUGUCUACAUUUUUAUCGACUUAAUUCGCGUUAGAGAAUAACCGAAUGAAAUAAGCCAAAUACGAGAAUGAAUUUUCAGUACGUAUAUUCCAUACUAACUCGCUAAAAAAACGCUA